AUGCCUCCGAAAAGACGCAACAACCCUCGUCGGCGAUCCUCUGCUCGCCCACCAACCAGAGUCUGUGAGGACCCAUUCACUCCAGCCAACGUUGAGAAGCUCCGCCUGCUCUGCAACAGCGAGAAGGAGAGAAAGCAGGAAGGCUACAUACUCAACAACCUCGAUGACCGAGAGAUGUCUUACAAAUCCAGGUGCACGGCCUGCCACCGCCGUCGUCAGAAGAACAGACGAUCAACCAAGAAGAAGAAGAGCAAGUCAGGCUCGGGUCCCACACGCAUCCCACUAAGCACAGAAGAGACCAGCCCACCAGCCCCUGAAGCUGGACAACCCGUCCCCGUCGCUGUUCCAGCUCCAGCACCCAUUUGUCAUUAUCAUGUCGGCAAAGUGCUGCCAAACACGAAGGUCUGGUCAUGUUGCCACCAAGACGCCAGCACCAAAGGCUGCAUCGCCAGAGAAGCGCACGAUUAUGAAAGCCAGCACGACCCAGCCCUGCGCGCGAAUUGGCAGUACCACCGCACUCCGUUAUCUUCAGCUCCGUUACCAAGCCACCGAGCAGCCAUAGCCAUCGACGCAGAAAUGGGCACCGCGGUCAACGGCGACCUCGAGCUCAUUCGCAUCACACUGAUCGACUUCUUCACCACCGACAUCCUCCUCGAUAGCCUCGUAUUGCCCUCCGCCAAGCUGCAGAGCUACAACACUGUCUAUUCUGGCAUCACUGCAGAGGACAUGGAGCAAGCAAUUGCGGUUGGGAACUGCCUCUUCGGUCGAGAUGCAGCACGGGAAGCCGUGUUCGAGUUCUUGAGUCCGGAGACUAUCGUCGUGGCGCACGGCGGGAAUUGUGAUCUGAGUGCGUUGAGAAUCAUUCACGAGAACGUGAUUGACACGUUGAUUCUGGAGGGAUACCAUGGGGCGAAGAAGACGCUAGGGGGAAGAACGUUGAAGAAUCUGGUGAAGUUGAGUAGGGGUAUCGAGAUUCAGUGUGGAGUGGGCCAUGAUAGUUUGGAAGAUGCAAUGGGGGCGAGGGAGUUGGUGAGCGUUUUCGUGGAUAUGAUUCCGGAUGAGUAG